AUGGGGUUCGGCAUCGUCGGAUUUCCCUCGCGACGCGAGGAGGACGAGCGGACGGGCUAUCCAACGAAUCGACACGAGACGGCUUUGAAUACCACCGACGACACCACAGAUCGGUCCGCCGCUGUCACCACAUGCGACGGCUCGAGUUACGAAAAUCGCGCAAGCCCCGCAUCGCCGCUGGUUGAGGACUGCCUGAAGUUCCGCGACAUUGUUUCUGGGCCCGGAACAUGCGGGCGGGACGGGGAGGCGUCCUACUUCAAGGUUGGCAACAACAACAUCCGGGCGCUGAUCGCCGAUUCCAUCGACCAGUUCAGGUGGGCAGACAAUGGCGUCGAUCGCGUCGCAGCGAAGGGGUUUAUGUCCUGCGACCCGGAUGGACUUCAGAGUGGGUGGGGGAUCUAUCACACUUGA